AUGGCCAAGUCACAUGUAGUUAGCAAAAGCCCUUCCAUGGUUUCCAUAAUGCUGCUUUGUGGUCUGCUAAUGGCUACUCUUGCCACAACAGAAGCAAGUAUUGGUGUUUGUUAUGGAACAGUUGGAGACAACUUACCUCCACCAAGAGAAGUAAUAGCUCUCUACAAGCAAUACAACAUCCAAAGAAUGAGGCUCUAUGCUCCUAACUUUGACGCACUCCAAGCCCUCCAAGGCUCCCCAAUUGAGCUCAUUCUAGGUGUAGAAAAUGAGCGCCUUAAAGACAUUUCUUCUAGCCAAGCCAGUGCAGAUGAUUGGGUAAAAAAGAAUGUCCAAAGCUAUGGCAAUGUCAAUUUCAAAUACAUUGCGGUUGGAAAUGAAGUAGAUGCUGUAGGUCCUCUAGCACCCUUUGUCGGCCCAGCAAUGGACAAAAUUCAAAAUGCAAUUUUUAAGGCUGGUCUUGCAAACAAAAUCAAAGUCUCCACUGCGGUUUACCCUGUAAUUCUUGAAAAAUCCUACCCUCCAUCAGAGGGCUCAUUCCGGCAGGACUAUCGUCCAUUUCUGGAUCCGAUCAUCAGUUUCUUAGUGCGAAACAAAUCUCCGUUACUCUUUAACAUGUACCCGUAUUUCAGUUACAUUGGCGAUCGCAAGGAUAUUAAACUUGAGUAUGCCCUUUUUACAUCUCCCUCAGUUGUAGUGAAUGAUGGGCGCCUAGGGUAUCAAAACCUGUUUGAUGCAAUCUUGGAUGCGGCUUACUCAGCAUUAGAGAAGGCUGGAGGCGGUUCUUUGAAAAUCGUCGUAUCAGAGACUGGUUGGCCCUCGGCUGGCGGGGAUGGGACAGUGACAACGAAGGGGAAUGCGAGAAUUUACAACUCAAAUUUGAUCAAGCACGUGAAGGGAGGGACGCCAAAGAGACCUGGAGGCCCCAUAGAGACUUAUAUGUUUGCCAUGUUUAAUGAGAAUAAGAAACCUGGAGAAGAGACUGAGAGACACUGGGGGCUGUUCUUUCCUAACAAACAGCCUGUUUAUCACAUUGAUUUCAACUAA